UGCACUGUGUCCCUCAGACACAGCGAAUCACCUAUCAACGGAAAUGCCGAAGAUGUCGGCUCGGUCAUUGCCACCUGUCAGUGUCCGUCAGUGCCAGCUGUCAGUGCUCAACCAUGCCACCUGCCAGUGACCAUCAGUGCCACAUCAAUGCCACAUUUCAGUGCCUACCAAUGCACAUCAAUGCCACAUAUCAGUGCCCAUGUGAGCUGCCUUUCACUGUCACCCAUCAGUGCCAGUCAGUGCCACCUAUCAAUGCCAGUCAGUGCCACCUAUCAGUACUGCCAAUCAGUGCCAGCCUGUGCUGCCUAUCAAUGGCAGUCAGUGCCGCCUAUCAGUGUGCAUCAGUGCCACCUAUCAGUGCCCCUCAUUGCUGCCCAUCAG